GGCCAGCUGGGGAAGAUGAGAAGGGUGGGGUGGGCGGCUCAGCCACCAGGUGGGGUUGGGGGACCCCAGCACCUCCCCUGGAUCUGGCUGCCUUCCCCGCCCAGGAAGCUAAGCCACCAGUCCUGUUGGACUUGUCCUGCCCGGAGGGAUAGGUGCAGGUCCCGGCUCUCUCCAGUGCCCUCUCGGGUGCGGCCAGCACCAUGGACACCCUGUGGGCUCUGCCGCUCUUCCUGCUCCUGGGGGUCCUUGCCACUCCUGGACUUCAGCAAACCACUUUCACCUCUGCCUCCUCCUCGCGCUCCAUCAGCUCCUCCUCCAUGGGCCGGACUUCAGAAGUCCCCCCCAUCAAUGCCCCCGGCCAUCAGACCCCAGGGCCGCCGGCCUCUGCUGAAAUCCCUGAUUCUGACUGGUUUCCUGAGGCCCUGAUUUCGAAGGAUGUGCCUGGGUCCCUCUGGCCAAACGUUUCUGCUGACGGCCAGCAUUUGAGCUCAGAGCUCACAUUCUCCGAAAUUCCUGAUUCUGAAGCAUUUUCUGACAUCUUGGAUCCUCAAGUUCCCGGGAAAGGCCCUGCACCUUCCACCUCGGUUAAAAUACCAGCUUCAAACACCUCUGCUCAAAUCCUGGACACCAAAGUAUCUGCUGAGGACCCAGAGUCAAAGCUCCCCCCUGAAGAUCUGGACCUUAAACACUCUUCAAGGGAUCCAGAAGUUUCUUUGGAGACCUACCCAGCCGCAAGCUUCCCCCAGCAGGUGGGGGGUCCCCUUGCUGUGCUGGUGGGGACCACCAUCCGGCUGCCCCUAGAUCCAGUGCCCAGCCGCGGGCCCCCUGCCCCUCUGGUGGUCUGGCGCCGAGGGUCCAAGGUGCUGGCAGCUGGCGGCCUGGGGCCAGGGGCUCCCCUGAUCAGCCUGGACCCUGCUCACCGAGACCGCCUGCGCUUCGACCAGGCCCAAGGGGGUCUGGAACUUGCCUCUGCCCAGCUGGAUGACGCGGGAGUCUACACGGUUGAGGUCAUCCGGGGCGGUCUCUCUCGUCAAACUCAGGAGUUCAUGGUGGGCGUGUACGAGCCCCUACCCCAGCUGUCGGUGCAGCCCCAGGCCCCGGAGACAGAGGAGGGGGCGGCCGAGCUCCGGCUGCGCUGCCUGGGGUGGAGGCCCGGCCGCGGGGAGCUGAGCUGGAGCCGGGAUGGCCGCGCCCUGGAGGCCGUGGACUCGGAGGGAGUAGUGUCGCCCCGGAUCCGCGCCGAGGGGGACCAGCUGCGCCUGGUGCGCCCCGCGCGCAGCGACCACGCGCGGUACACGUGCCGCGUGCGCAGCCCCUUCGGCCAGGCAGAGGCCGCGGCGGACGUCAGCGUCUUCUACGGCCCCGACCCUCCGAUCAUCACGGUCUCCUCGGAUCGCGACGCCGCCCCUGCGCAAUAUGUCACCGCGGGCAGCAACGUGACCUUGCGCUGCACCGCCGACCGCGGGGUCCGGAUGUCCCUUCCCUCUGCAGAUCUGCCCCCCGGCUCCCCGCAGUGCUCGGUCGAAGAGAGUCUCGGGGACCGUAGCCUCCGCUUCCGCUGCUCGUGGCCGGGCGGGGUCCCUGCCGCCUCCCUGCAGUUCCAGGGUCUUCCCGAAGGCGUCCGCGCGGGCCCGGCUCCCUCUGUGCUGCAGGCGACCGUCCCCGCCCACCCCCGGCUCAGCGGCGUGCCGGUCACCUGCCUCGCUCGCCACCUGGUGGCCACGCGCACCUGCACUGUCACCCCGGAGGCCCCCCAGGAGGUGCUGCUACAUCUGCAGGUGGAAGAGACCCGGUCAGGGGAGGCCGAGGUGGUCCUGCAGGCCUCUGGGUGCCCCGCACCCUCUCGAGCUGCCUGGGCUCGGGACGGCAGGCCCCUGGCGCCAGGAGGUGGGGGUCGCCUGCGGCUCAGCCGGGAUGGCCGCAGACUCCUCAUUGGCAACUUCAGCCUGGACUGGGACCUGGGAAAUUACUCCGUGCUGUGCAGCGGGGUGCUGGGUGCCGGGGGUGACCAGAUCACCCUCAUCGGCCCUUCCAUCGCCUCAUGGAGGCUGCAGAGAGCCCGAGACGCAGCAGUGCUGACUUGGGAUGUGGAGCGCGGUGCCCUGAUCAGCGGCUUUGAGAUCCAGGCGUGGACAGAGGGGGCCGACCGCAGCAGAGCCGUCGGUUACAGGGACUGGAUCUCCCUGCUUGUGCUGGGACCUCGGGAGCGGUCAGCCGUGGUGUCCCUGCCCCCUCGGAGCCCCAGGACCUGGGCUUUGCGCAUCCUGCCCAUUCUGGGAACCCAAGCAGGGACCCCAUCUCAAAGCCGACUCUACCAGGGAGGUCCCGUCCUGGGCCCCGGGGCCAUCGCUGGCAUCGUCCUGGGCUCUCUGUUAGGCUUGGCCCUGCUGGUCACACUCAUUCUCCUGUGCGUCUGCUGCCUGCUGCGUUUUAGAGGAAAGUCUCCUAAUUUGAAAAAGAAGUAUCCUCCAACCUUGGCGCCUGUAGUCAUCCCACCAGCAAAAAAGACGCAGGGUGUUGUGACCCCAGUGCAGACUCCACAGCUGCUGCCUUUUAAAUUUCCACUGGAAGACCCCAGCCCAGCCAGGCCCCAGCCAGCCACUGGCCCCAAGACCCCCAGGAUGGUUGUCUCUCCAACCAGGGGCCCCAGAACUGUCCGGACAGCCACACAGGUGUGAUCCGUGCCGGGAGCCCACUCUCCACUGGGAAUUUGGGGCCAAGAUUUCUUGUUUCGCCCAAACGGCAGGUAGGGCCUGCAGUGACUGGGAGUUGGACCUCAAAAGUGAGACUUUCUAUGUUCCUGUCAUUGGAGAAGAUUCAACCUGUAUUUGUACAGCUAAGCAGUGUGGUCUACACAACAUCAGAGGCCAGCGUGCUGCGCUGCUCUGCCUGGAGGGGGAACCUGGCUUUAGGUCUCCAGCUUCACUUUGCUGCCCCUGCUUCUGGCUGGGCUCCCAGAGACUGCAUCAUAAGACAGAUCAGACCCCUCCCUCGUCUCUCUCAACAUUCUAGGGCUACAUGCCGCCCUUUGGGUCUUAUCCAAACCCACUUCCCGACCUGCAGGGUCUCAUGGCUUGGCCUGUGCUGGCUGCCGUAACCUCCCUUCUCAGCGCUGACCUGUCUUCGUCCAUAUGGGCUUAUUCUUAGCCACGCUGUGUCCCCCAGGGCUUGGCCUGGACGCUUUUCCUGUCAUUCACUUAACAAGUUCAAGGCAGCCCCGCCCAUCCCAGGACACCUUUUCCUUCACCUUGGUCGUAGGUCGAGUCCCAGCACCCCUGAACUUCCCCCUCCUUGUCUGCAGAUUCGAAAUUCCUUGUGUAGCUCAGAUCCACUCGAUCGACAGAUCUUCACGAAGACACAAACCACACUGUUAUCUCAGCACUUAACACAGGGCCUGGCGCACACCAGACAAUCCAUACACAUUUGCUGAUUGAUCAAGCAUUUGUGGUGCCAGUCAAGAGUGAGGCUGCCUGUGCUCUCCCCCACAUGAUACCUGCCUGCUUCCACAGGGUUUCCCACUGAGAAUUUAGGGGGUACACUAGUGAGGAUUCUUCUGACAGCAAGAAACAAAAGAAAUGGUGAUAAGAAAUAUAAAGAUAUAUGGCUUCA